ACAUCCCGUUCAGCAAGGUAGAUACGUACACAGUCAGGACUCAACAUGGAGGGAAGUCACGCUCAACUUCGGAUUUCUCAAUUGCACCAUCUUCGCAUCAGAAUGUACUCCUCCUCAAUUAUGCUUCUUCCAUGCCUCGCACUACUGCCGCCACCUGGCUGCAACUUGCAAGAGGGGGGGAACAAGCAACACCGGAAUCGCCAGCGUUAAUGCCAACACCAAGACCACAAAUCGCAAGCGUGGGAAAAGGACGCAGACACCUAAGCAGACGGGCAAGGAUGGGCCACGCUGACCAGACGUAGGCCAAGUCGCCAAGACCCAACGGGCGAUGAGUCUGCCA